AUGUUGCAACCGGCGUCGAGAGCAUCUACGUCCUCAUCUUCUUCUUUCCAACCCGUCACCCGCCAGAACACGAUGUCGUCCCACGAUACACGGUCUCUUCGCCAGUCCAAGCGGCUGUCCGUCACCGCGCUAUACCUUUCCAUGUCCGCAAAAGACAGAGAUCUUGAAAUUUCCGAUGAUCUGGCGAAGGCUCAAAAAUAUCUACGGGAACUCAAAGCGAAAAUCUCCUCGCAGUCGAAGAAGAAUUUCGUUCUUGAAAAAGAUGUCCGAUAUCUGGACUCUCGGAUAGCUUUGCUCAUUCAGAACCGGAUGGCGCUCGAAGAGCAAAACGAAGUUGCAAACCACCUUGAUGACGAAGAUCCUCAAGAGGGUUUCUUCCCCAAUGAUGAGAAGACCCAGAAAUAUGGAAACCUUUUAUUUCUUCUGCAGUCCGAACCCCGGCACAUCGCUCAUCUGUGUCGACUCGUCUCCAUGUCGGAAAUCGACUCCCUUCUUCAGACCGUCAUGUUCACCAUCUACGGAAACCAGUACGAGAGCCGUGAAGAGCAUCUUCUUUUGACCAUGUUUCAGUCUGUUCUCACUUACCAAUUCGAUAACACCCCCGAGUACUCGUCACUAUUGCGACAAAAUACACCUGUCUCUCGCAUGAUGACCACCUACACGCGUCGCGGUCCUGGCCAAAGUUACUUGAAGCAAGUGCUGGCGGAACAGAUCAAUGCUCUAAUUGAGCUGCGCGAUGUUGAUCUGGAGAUCAAUCCUCUGAAAGUAUACGAGAACAUGGUGAGGGGAAUUGAAGAGGAAACUGGCUCGUUGCCCAGUCAUCUGCCAAAGUCAGUCACAGCCGAGGUGGCUGCGGAGAACGCACAGGUACAGGCUAUCAUUGAGCCGCGGCUGAAAAUGCUGACCGACAUUGCGAACGGGUUCCUGACGACAAUUAUUAACUCCGUGGACGAGGCUCCCUACGGUAUCAGAUGGAUUUGCAAGCAGAUUCGGAGCUUGUCUCGCCGCAAAUACCCGGAUGCCCAAGAUCAGACUAUUUGCACACUGAUCGGCGGUUUCUUCUUCCUUCGAUUCAUUAAUCCCGCUAUUGUCACCCCCCGGUCCUACAUGCUUAUUGAAUCCGUUCCGACCGAAAAGCCUCGUCGCACCCUUACACUGAUUGCGAAAAUGCUCCAGAAUUUGGCUAACAAGCCUUCGUAUGCCAAGGAGCCAUACAUGGCUAAGCUUCAGCCCUUCAUCCAGCAGAACAAGGAGCGUGUCAACAAAUUCUUGUUGGACCUUUGUGAAGUCCAAGAUUUUUACGAGAGCUUGGAAAUGGAUAAUUAUGUAGCUCUCUCCAAGCGCGACCUUGAGUUGCAGAUUACUCUGAAUGAGAUGUAUGCUACUCAUGCUCUGCUGGAAAAGCACAGCCUGGCUCUGGCACAGGAUCAGCACUCUCACCUCAACGAGCUCUUACAAGAACUGGGAGCUGCACCCGCGCAGGUCCCGCGAAAGGAAAACCGAACAAUCACUGUUCCUCUAUUUAGUCGAUGGGAGACUGCUCUUGACGAUUUGACGGCGGCCCUCGAUAUCACCCAGGAGGAAGUGUUUUUCAUGGAAGCGAAAUCGACUUUCGUGCAGAUUCUGCGAUCGUUGCCUCCGAACUCGGCGAUCGCCCGACGGCCUCUUCGGCUGGAUCGAAUCGCAGAGGCGGCAGCCACUCUGAAGAACGAUGCGGUGAUGGUGCGAAAGGGCAUCCGAACCAUGGAGCUGUUGAGUCAGCUACAGGAGAUGGGCGUCAUUGACCGUUCUGACGACUUCAGUCUUUUGCGAGAUGAGGUGGAGCAGGAAUUAGUCCACCUUGGCUCUUUGAAGGAGAAGGUCCUUGAAGAGACAAAGAAGCUCGAGGAAGUUUUCGCAACGAUCCGCGACCACAACGCGUACCUGGUGGGCCAGUUGGAAACCUACAAAUCUUACUUGCACAACGUUCGCAGUCAGUCGGAGGGCAAGCAGCGGAAACAACAAAAGCACCAGGAGCUGGGACCGUACAAGUUCACCCACCAGCAACUCGAGAAGGAGGGUGUCAUUCGGAAGAGCAACGUACCGGAAAAUCGGCGAGCCAACAUCUACUUCAUGUUCAAGAGCCCUCUCCCCGGCACCUUUGUCAUCAGUCUUCAUUACAAAGGUCGUGCGCGAGGUCUUUUGGAGCUGGAUCUCAAGCUCGACGAUCUGCUGGAGAUGCAAAAGGACAACCUUGAAGAUCUCGAUCUCGAGUAUGUCCAAUUUAACGUUUCUAAAGUGCUCACGCUUCUUAAUAAGCGGUUUGCACGGAAGAAGGGUUGGUAA